AUGUCUGUCCCCAAUCUCUUCACUCCUUUCGUCGAGCAUCUUGGAUUACCAGCAUCCAUCGACAGCCAAGAGAAAUGCCUCGACUACUGCGACAAGAGAACCCUAGAGGCGACCCGCGCAAUCCAGACCUGGCGGCUCACCGUCAACCCGGGACUGUCAUACAACUACAGCACUUCAGCAGGACGGAUGGCUGUGGCGAAGAAAUGUCUGGACUACGUUUACGCUGCCGGCAAGGCGUUGGCCGCGGUCGCCGCAUUCCGCUACUUCGAGGCACAGGCCUACGCGGCCGAGGCGGACCAUUGGGAUGAGGUUCCGAGCUGCAACGGGUCAGCGAUUUGGCCCGGGACUUGCAGGAACUCAUGCGGGACGAGGCUCGAAUAA